GGGCCGGAGGAGCGGGGGAGGGCGGGGGGCGGCGGCGGCCCAUGGGGGUGCGGCGGAGGCUGCCGCAGGGCUCGCCGCGGGCAGGGGCGCACUCGGCGCCCUGAGCCGCGGGUGCGGAGCGGGAGGCCGGCAUUGCGGGCAGGGGCGUGCUGCAGCGCGCAGGGGCGGGCCGCGGAGCUCCGCUGCCGGCGGCCGGCUCGCUCGGCUCUCCUUUCCGCGGCGCGCACCCCCCGCCAGGCUCACGCACAGCGGUAACCGCCCCUUCUCCCCGCCGCCCUUCUCAUCCUCGUCUCAUGGCGCUGAGGACGGCAGCCCCCCGCUCCGCACGUGGCGGCUCAGCGGCUCGGCGCGGACAUGGACCUCGGUGACUCCCCCAGCCCGGGGAAAAGCGCUGAAACCUCAAACCGAAUGGAAACUGGGGGCGAUGCCAGAUCGGCACCUCGGCGGGGAGGAAGAGGAGGAGGAGGAGGUGGCGGGUUUCCAGCGGCUGCCGAGCCCAGCGCUCCCCCGGUUGCGGAGACGAGCAUGAAUAUUGACGGGCCCGUCGGUGCCGGGAGGAGCGGGGCGGCUGCCGCUGCAAUGCCGGGAGCCCCGGGGGCACCUGCCCCGCCGCUCCGCGCCCCUUGCUCCAGGGAUCCCAAAAUGGUCCAUCAGCGGUUUCUGCGGAGGAGCGUGGUGGACUCGGACCAGGAGGAACCUGCUUUCGACCUCCCCGAGUCAGAGCAUCAGAGGAAAAUUAUUCUGCUCCCUAAAACCAGGAGGAUAAUUGCGGAGAGGGCAAAGGCAGGGCAGGGGGCCGUGGAGAAGGUCUGCCUGGAGGCCGAGCCUGCGGGGGAGCCAAAGGCACCGCCAGCCCCUGGCAGUGUCGGAGGGGCUGAGGAGCAGAAGGACGCUGGCAAAGAUGUGGAGAGGAAAGAGGCGUCAGAUGCUUCCAAAGAUCAGAGCAAGGCUAAGAAAGAGGAGCCUGAGGAGGAGGCUGACAUGAAAGCGGUUGCCACCUCGCUGGAUGGCAGGUUCCUAAAGUUUGAUAUUGAACUCGGGAGGGGAUCCUUCAAAACGGUCUAUAAGGGCCUGGACACAGAGACGUGGGUGGAAGUUGCAUGGUGUGAACUUCAGGACAGAAAACUCACUAAAGUAGAGAGGCAGAGAUUUAAAGAGGAAGCAGAAAUGCUAAAAGGCCUACAGCAUCCAAACAUUGUGAGAUUUUAUGACUUCUGGGAAUCCUGUGUAAAGGGCAAAAGAUGCAUUGUGCUGGUUACCGAGCUGAUGACCUCUGGAACGCUGAAGACGUAUCUGAAGAGAUUCAAAGUGAUGAAACCGAAAGUCCUGCGUAGUUGGUGCCGGCAAAUCCUGAAGGGUCUUCUUUUCUUGCACACAAGAACUCCACCAAUAAUUCACAGAGACUUAAAAUGUGACAAUAUUUUUAUUACUGGACCAACUGGAUCUGUGAAAAUAGGAGACUUGGGUCUGGCAACCCUCAAGAGAGCUUCGUUUGCCAAAAGUGUGAUAGGUACACCAGAAUUUAUGGCCCCGGAAAUGUAUGAGGAACACUACGAUGAAUCUGUGGAUGUCUAUGCUUUUGGAAUGUGCAUGUUGGAAAUGGCUACCUCAGAAUACCCUUACUCAGAAUGCCAGAAUGCUGCUCAAAUUUACCGGAAAGUAACCUGUGGUAUAAAACCAGCAAGCUUUGAGAAAGUUACUGAUCCUGAAAUUAAGGAGAUAAUUGGGGAGUGCAUUUGCAAAAAUAAAGAAGAAAGAUAUGAAAUUAAAGAUUUAUUAAGCCAUGCCUUUUUUGCUGAAGAUACUGGGGUAAGAGUGGAACUUGCAGAAGAAGACCAUGGUAGGAAAUCCUCUAUUGCCUUAAGACUCUGGGUAGAAGAUCCUAAGAAACUGAAAGGAAAACCCAAAGAUAAUGGAGCCAUUGAGUUUACUUUUGAUCUGGAGAAGGAAACUCCUGAUGAUGUUGCACAAGAAAUGAUCGACUCUGGAUUUUUUCACGAAAAUGAUCUCAAGAUAGUUGCGAAGUCGAUCCGUGACCGAGUAGCGUUAAUACUGUGGAGAAGAGAGCGGAUUUGGCCGAGGAUGCAGUCGGAGGAACGCCGGGACUCGGAGUGCCUGGAGAAGCUGAAGGCGCCACAGGCCCAGCAGGUCCAGGUCACCUAUUUCUCUCACACGGGCCACCAUGUCCUGUCGGAGUCGGAGGAACCUGAGGCCGACCAGCACCCCUUCCAGCCAAACCUGCCCACCAGCGUCACCUCUGUCGCCUCUGACAGCACGUUUGACAGCGGCCAGGGCUCCACGGUUUAUUCGGACUCGCAGAGCAGCCAGCAAAGCGUCAUCUACUCGUCGCUGGCCGAGGCGGGAGCCCCCGCGCUGCAGCGGGUGUACAGCCCCCCGCUGAGCGACGGCCCGGCGCUGCCGCACGCGCUGCCGCCGCUGGGCCACUACCAGCCGCCCGCCGCGCCGGCGCCUGUGGGGCCCCCGCGGCCCCAGCACUACCAGGAGCCACCGAUGCCAUUCCCCGUGGUCCAACCCACCUCUGGCACCUCCCUGCCGCCCGUGAUGGCCAGCCAGCAGCAGCAGCCCCUGCCGCAGCCAGCGUCCCUGCAGCAGGUGCUGGCCGGCCAGCCCGUGUGCCCCCUCCAGCCGGCGCCCCAUCUGCUGCCCCAGUUCCAGCCGCCCAGCUCGCAGGUGGCGGCGCCCAGCACCCCCCUGAAGCCCCUGCAGAUCCCCGCCGUGCCGCAGCUGCCGCCCGUGGCCCCUUCCCAGAUUCCUCAGUUUCCUGUCAUUCCUGCAAUUACUCCUCUGGCAGGACUUGACAGCCUUCCUCCAACCCUCUCUGACAUACCUGCUGCAAACGUGCCCCCCAUCCCAGCUCCUUCUCAGUACUUUGCUCCAGCCGUGCUGCUGCCCAGCCUGCCCAUGAACCCCGCGCUGCCCAUGGCGCCCAACUCCCCCGCCCUCCCCAUGCAGGCCGUCAACCUUCCCCACACAACCGUGGCAUCUCUGGUCUUGCCCUGCCAAACAAUAGUGCCAAAUAUGUCGGCUGCUCCAAUCCCGUUGCUUGCUGUGGCGCCGCCGGGGGUGCCCGCCUUGCCGCCGCACCCCGCGGUGCCACCGCUGCCCCCGCAGCAGAUCUACCCGGCCGCCUUCCAGCAGAUGAUUGCGAGCGAGGCGCCCUCGCCCCAUCCCACGCAGAGCACGCAGGCCGUGUCCCAGCCGCAGCAACCGCCACCUCCUCAGUCACUGCAGCCCAGCAUUGUCCAUCCAUCCGAGCAGCCUCUCUCCGCGCCCACGGCCACUCACCAGCAGAUGCCGGGACACGCUCAGUUUGCUUUGGAAGCUGGAGCCCCGGUGCCCGUGCUGCCCGUGCAGCCUUCCAUGGUCAUGUCACCGCCGCUGCAGCUGCAGCCCGACCUCCUGCCCGCCCGCGUCGCUCCCGAGGGCCUGGCCCAGCUGCACGGCAGCCUCGCCGCGGCCAGCCCGCCCGUCCCCGCCGAUCCCGCUCCGCCUCUGCAGCCACAGCCCGACCUGCCCCAGCCGCUGGCUCCGCAGCUCCCGGCGCCCGGCUCGGCUCUGCCGCCGGGGCCAGACACAGCUCAAGAGGAGCAGGCAAUACAGGACAAACUUCAAAGUCUGUCACAGAGCUGUGAAAGCUACAUGAGUCCAGAUGUUGCUUCGGGUAAAGAGAUGAGUGACAGCUUUGAAGGAGCAAUAGGAAGUGGAAAACAAGAAGGAAAGUCUUCAAAGAAACAUAAGAAAUCUACCCGCGCUCGCUCGCGCCAGGAGAAGUCCAGCAGACCCAAACUGACCAUAUUAAAUGUUUGUAACACGGGGGAUAAGAUGGUGGAGUGCCAGCUUGAAACACACAAUCACAAAAUGGUGACUUUUAAGUUUGAUCUGGAUGGUGAUGCACCUGAGGAAAUUGCUACUUACAUGGUAGAGAAUGAAUUCAUAUUGCAGAGUGAGAAAGAGACCUUUAUUGAACAAAUGAAAGAUAUUAUUGAUAAAGCAGAAGAUAUGCUCAGUGAAGAUACAGAAGGAGAACGAAGUUCUGACCAGGGAACAAGUCCCCAGCAAGAUACCAAUAGACUGGAAAUGAAUGAGGAGAAGCGGCAGUCUCAAAUGAAGGCACCUGUGUAUCAACAAAAUGUUUUGCAUACUGGGAAAAGGUGGUUUAUUAUAUGUCCAGUUGUGGAAAACCCUACUACUGAUGCACCUGAAUUUUCUCCGCCAGUACCUCAGAGUUCGCAGCAGUCUGAAGGUCCAGACGUGAAGCAGUUGAAUGACCAGCCGGCGAGCUCUGCGGUGACAGACCUGCCUGGUGUCUUAGCUGCCCAGCAGCUUCCCCUACAAGCCAGCGUGUGUGACAGCCCCGCUGGAGUCUCCCUGUCCUUGGCACAAGCUCCUGCUGCGCCGUCCUCAGCCAGAGCGCUGGGCCAGGCGGAGUUCCCCGCUCCGGCACCACCGGGACCUGCUCCAAACCUCCUGGAGCAGGCGGCUGCUAACGGAGCUCAGCUGGAAUAUUCCCCACAGAAGGCCGCGAUGGCCACUCAGCCCGCCGCUCCUGUCCCCCAUGCCACUGUGCCAGAGGAGCCUCCCGACGCUCUCCUGGCUCCUCCGCGCCGGCAGCCACCGGCCGAUGAGGGCAUGUGUCUCCCUGACGUGGAGAUUGCCUGCUGCAGCGUGGGGCCGCACACGGCGGCUCCAGCGAAGGCGGCGGAGCUCUGCCCGUUGCCCGUGCUCCCCGACGCCGUGGUGCUGGAGCGGCAGCCCGCGGCACAGGCCCCUCCUCACCUGCCGGAGGUUGGCCCGCACGGCGCGGUGCCGCACGCCUUCCUGAGCCAGGCGUUCCCCGCGGCCGACCCGCUGGCUCUGGCGGGCUCUCGGCUCCAGAGCCCCACGCAGGCGGUGGCAGCCGCGUCCCAGCCGCACGCAGUGCUGCCCCAGGCGCCGCCCGCGGCCCUGGGCAUGGCCCUGCUGCAGCCCAGCGCCGCUGAGUCUGACGGAGAGGGGCCGCCCAGGGUGGACUUCGUUGACAACACGAUAAAAAGUCUUGAUGAGAAAUUGCGCAAUUUACUCUACCAGGAAUACGUUCCUACUUCUUCAGCAUCAGCGGGGACUCCAGACGCCUCUGCCCCAUUGGAACAGGGUGAGAGCGAAUUUAACUUGCCGCCUUUUCCCGAAGAUCAGGUUCCCGCGUUGGUGUUGGAUUUGAGAGAACCAAGCCAUAAAGCCGCAGGUGCCAGCCAGGAGGUGAAAGCUGCUGCUGAGGCUCCCUCGGUGCCACUGGUCCCAUCCGAGACCUCCCAGUACCCGACACUGGCCAGUCCAGCCGUGACUCUGCCCUUCACAGCCCCAAAUCCAGCCGCUACGGACAGCACUGGGACAGAGCUCAGAACCCAAGAGCCUGUGUUUGAAAUGUCAGAGGUGACCGGCAUCGGUGCUCAGUCCUCAGAAGCAAGAGGUGGGUCAGCAAGCAGAAAAGGUUCAGCUGCAAGCAUCGCUUCUGCUCCUGCUGCUACAACAAAAGGCCUCCUUCAGGUUGCACCUACAUCAUCAAGCGUAACUAAACAGAUGGAAACUUCUAAAAGGAGCGAGAAGGCCGAGACUCUGACUCCGUCUGUAACGCAGAUAUCUACAGCAGAUGGGGUGAUAAAUAACCUUCAAAGGAAUGACUCUCUAGACUCUGGUUCCUAUGGAAAACAGGCUGAAACUCAUGAUAGCGGCACACCAGCCAAAACCAUUGGCAGGUUUUCAGUAAUCAGCACGCAAGAUGAAUUAACUUUAGCAGCGCCACACUGCUUGAGGUUCUCGGCACCACCGGACGUCUAUCUGGAUGUGCUGCCUUCCAGCCCGGACCUGAAGACGGCUGUCCGGCGGGUGCAGACGGCCUCUUCUGUCGAUGUCCUCUGUGACCAGGGCUCGAGCGAUUCCGCCGAUGAGCCUUUCCAUCGGCAGCCGGCUGCUGCUGCUCAACUGUCCCCCCCCAGCAGUAGCACGGCCACCGACUUAAUUAAAAAAGCAGCUGCUUUUCUGCAAAGAUCUGGAAAAUCUAGCUCACCAGCACUCGAUUCACCGAACGGGCAUGGAACAAAAAUUCCCACCAUCAACAUCACAUCUUUCCACUCACAGUCGUCGUACAUGAGCAGUGACAAUGACUCGGAAUUUGAAGAUGCAGAUAUGAAGAAAGAAUUGCAGAACCUGAGAGAAAAGCAUAUGAAAGAAAUUGCAGAACUUCAGACUCAGCAGAAGAACGAGAUAGAGGCGCUGUACAUGCGGUUAGGGAAACCCCUUCCUCCCAACCUGGGCUUCCUUCACUCCGCCCCACCAAGCAGCCGCCGCCGAAGAACCAGCAAAAAUAAAUUGAAAGGUGGAAAACUGUUAAACCCUCUGGUCCAGCAGCUCAGGAGCGGAACACCAAGCACAAGUAAUCCUUCAGACUCUAAAGACUCACCCCAUAAAGAAACGACUAAAACUCAGCCUGGAUCUCCCGAAGCAGCCGCCGUACCGUCCUCUGCCUCGGCCACCUUCGGGAAGGCUGUUCAGACACAGCAGCCGUGCUCCGUCAAAGCCUCUUUGUCUUCUGACAUCUGCUCCGGCUUGGGCCCCGACGGAGCCGACGUGAACGCCAGCUCUGGCCAAGGCUGGACGGUUUUCCACCAAACGUCUGAGAGAGUGACCUAUAAAUCUAGUAGCAAACCUCGUACCAGAUUCCUCAGUGGACCUGUGUCUUUGUCCAUCUGGUCCACCUUGAAACGACUAUGUCUAGGCAAAGAUCACAGUAGUAGAUCCUCGACAAACAGUCUGGUAACGUGUCCUGAGCCCGUCCCACACUCGACCCUGCAGGUUCAGGCCAACAACAGUAACAACAAGAAAGGGACGUUCACAGAUGAUCUUCACAAGCUGGUUGACCAGUGGACAAGCAAAACUGUUGGAGCUGCACAGACAAAACCUUCCUUAAACCAACUGAAGCAGAACCAAAAAAGGCAAGACAUGGAGCCAAAGGCUAAUCCCAUGCAAACACAGAAUGAGACGUGUGGAGUUAAUUUGGUAAGAACAGGAUUGGGGAAAAAGUGCGUUGUUCCAGUGUCUUGCCCCAUGUCUGCUGCGUUAGCUCCCGGAGCGUCACCAUCCCUUCCGGUGCCGGUGCCAGGGCCUGCCCUCGCUGGCACGGUGACACCGUACGUGAUGCCUCUCUCUCGGUACGGAGGAGUUUUCCCUGCGCCCGUGUAUGGGCUGCGGUGGCCAGGGCCAGCUGCACAGCCUGGCCUCGUCGGCAGUGCGAGCGUGCCGGGGUUCUCACCCCUCGGCAGAACCUGCCUGGGGCUGUACCCGGUGCCGCUGCAGCCACCCAUGGCCCGGCCACCCGGCCCAAACCUGCGAGUGACACGGCCGGGUCGUCCUCCCGCGGGGAACGGGGGGUUCAGCCUCGUCACGUGGAGCAUUUGACCCGCGGCCGCCAGCCGUGCUGCCCAGGCGGGGACCGGGCCGCCGGCGCACACGGGCGCGCUGCAUCCCGCCAUCACUGUGAGGUGCUUCACGAGAGAGUUUGUCUGUUCUGGGAAGAUUCGCUUCUAUUCCGUUGCUGAAGACACUUUAUUUUGUUGUGUUCUGAUGUUUUACACUUGCGAUCCUUAAAGUCGACGUACUUGAAUUGAUGACUAGAAAAUUGUACUAUCCCCUGCAGGAGUACAGUGCCUUGAAUUUCAGCUUUUCAGUUCCAGCUGAAAAGAGAUGUAAAAUUAUUUGAAUGGUGUAUUUUAUUUACAAUCUGCUUGUGAGUUGAAGUUCUUUUUAUUUCCAAAGAUACUGAAGGUUUACAGCUGACGUUCUUCAUCCGUUUUAUUCUGCUGUAAAUGCUUUUAUUUUAAUUCCUGGGUUGAAUUUUUGUUUUUCAAGCUUUUAAAAAAAUAAUAAUACUCAUGAGGUGAGGUUUGUUUGAGAUGCCAGUCAAAAAAGCUGUUUGUGUUUGUACAAGGAGUAGUGAAAUGCACAUUUUAAAACAGGAGCAUUUACAGAGUGAUCCAAGUAAGUUGUAUAUAAGAAGAGGUAAUAGCUUCGGGCAGUGCAAUUCAUUCUCUUCCCCACUCUCUGGCAGAGUUGUUGUUGACAGCAACUUAUUUCUCCAACAGGCAGGCGAAUACUAUUUUCUUCUGUAUUGGCAGCAAAUUGGAUUACAUUUUCUUUCUCCUACUGGGCUUUUAUAAUUGAGUUAAAUUACAAAUUAAUGCAUGUUUCAUAAGUGAAAAACUCUAACUGAAAUCUUGAUUGUAGGAGAACAUGUCUCCAGGUGCCUGUAAGAACGGUGUAAGUACAGCACUUGUGUGUAUUCUGGCUUUGGCCACCGGGGUUACGAAUGAUGUUUUGCCACUGACGCGUUAGCAGUAUUCGCACUAAAAUGGAAUAAAAAUGUGAAGCUAUUCUUUUUCAUACCUCAUACUUCAGUUUUGGAGUCUCACCACCUUUCAUUUGAAAAUUUGAGUUUUUAUAUCUAUAUAUUUAUUCUUUUUUUCUUAAGCUUUAAUUAAGCUUGUGCUCUAGGUGGCAUGGACACCUCUCUCCUCUUUGAAAGUUGCUUUUUGCCCACUUUACUGUGCAUGGAGUCUCCACCUGCACCUCUCAGUCUAAAGGCACGAGAGAACCACUAAAGCUGGGUUGCUGCUGGUAAGUCUCCUUUCCCUCGGAAAGCGCAGGUCACGAACCGUGCGGUCCCAUCUGAAGGCACGUUGCUCUGUAUCUCUACUGCAAUGACAUUUUAUACUGUCUGCUGAAGGGCAGAGAUGUCUUGUGUAGCCAAGCUGUGAAUUGUAUAGUUCAGUUGUACUUUAAGCAUUAUAUCUGUCUAAAUUAUUUUGUUUGUACCCUUUGAAUAUAUUAUUCCAUCAAUUCAGUUAGAAUUGAAUUUUAUAGACAAUUAUGCAGAGUCUUCUGCCUGGGCAAAAUACUUACUGUAGUAAGAGAUUUCUGUUCUCUGUAACAUGUAUCUUUAAUUUGUUUGGGUUUUUUAGAUUCAUGUCUGUAUGCUUCAUGAGCAAACAUGGAAAAUAUGUUCUCACACCAGUUUCCCUUCAGCUUGCACUGAAUCUUACAGUUUAUGUCGCUACUGCCUGUUGUAUAGUCCAUCCCUUGUAUACUGACAAAGUCAGUGGCACUAAAAACACUGAGAAACUGUAUAGAUUAAGAAAGAAGAAAAAUAAACAUUUUGUGCUUGAAAA